AGCACUGCCUGAUCAGCUGCUUAAUUUUUUUAAAUAAUACAUUGGAUUUGUUAUUGUUGAGGGUCAAUCAUAAAAUCUAUUUAACAACAACUCGCAAAAGUGCAAUAUAGUAGAUAGAAACGCAAGGCUGUGAUCAAAAGCCAAUUCUGAUGUGUUGCCCUGGUAACUGGGCCCAAACAAACGAAAUCGGAAAAUCUCAAUAGUUAUCUUAACCGCUUUAGUAAAAUGUUUAUUCUCGACCGAAUACUGCCUUUUAUUUUUAGCUAUAUAAGGCCGUUUAUAAAGUGGUUCCUGCACGCCUUCACCAGGCUCUCAGAGCUCCAGAGGAUUUGCUAUGGGGCGAGGGCGGGAGCCAGUCGGACUAGUCAGGUGGAAAGGUCCCUUACAUUGUCCAAAAGAACACAAAUACAGCGACUUGUACUUGACCUUGAUGGGGCGGCGCCAUACGUGAACAACGAGGAGCUUCUGGAAUUCGCUCCUCGCGCUGCUCGUAUUGUGAUGCAAGCGAAACGCAUCAAGCACAAUGUGCACCCAGACUUUGCCCGGCUCUUGGGCACAUGCGUGACGAGUAUUUGGGGCUACCGUAGACUGAUGCAUCAAGUGGAACAGCUUCGGGCGGAGAAAUACGACUCGGAUAACCUCGACCACGAAGAAAAGCUGUUGAGAUUAUGGCAACUGCUGAUGCCAGAGACUCCCCUCACCGGUCGCGUAACCAAACAGUGGCAGGACAUUGGCUUCCAAGGCGACGAUCCAAAGACGGACUUUCGUGGAAUGGGCAUGCUCGGCCUGGAGAAUUUGCUCUACUUUGCCACUGCCUAUAACGACGCAGCCAAACAUGUGCUGUUGCACUCGAUGCAUCCCACCCUGGGUUACACCUACGCCAUUGUGGGCAUUAACCUCACCUCCAUGGCCUUCAAUCUAGUAAAAACAGGCUCCGCCAAAACCCACUUCUACAAUUUGGUGGUGCAGCACAGACAGGAUUUCAGCACCGUAGAGGAUUUCCACAAGUUGUACUGCUAUUUAUUCUUCGAAUUUGACCGCUUUUGGAUGGAAAGCGACCCGCGAAACAUUAUGGACUUCCGCGAGAUAUACCAGGCGUUUGAAAUUACAAAACUAGAGGCCUUGCACAAUGAUAGCACCAUUUUUAAGACCAAUUUGGCUGUAGAAUCCGUCUGAAAACUGACAGUGUAAAAAGAAAUUUUGUGGCUGUAUGACUUAGUCCGAUUUUGUAAAUACAUGAUUAGAGUGCGGCUAAAUGAAA